UCCCUGGAAGCCUCCGGCUGAGCUGCAUUCCUGUCCAUUCACACGAAGGGAGCAGCCGUGGUGAGCACGCUAGUACUCCGCGACAAGAGUGGAAAUGUCCCCAAGUUUUGGAAUUUAACCAUGGCAAGGAUAUCUAAUCCAAGGAUCACUUGAAUUUGGCUCUCUGCCGUGCUGCCGAGGAUGAUGCUUUGGAUGACAGCUCCGAACACAGAGAAAAGGACAGCGGAUCAAUAGGAGCUUUCCCUUUUUUCCCUUUGGCUCAUCCACCCUCCUUCCAGAGGAACACAGCCAAACGCAAACCGAUCAGAACCAGGGACCAAGUGCUGGAGUGAACCGACCUCCCCGUCGCUUCCCAGAGCUUUGUACCUCGCAAGCCCCAGAUAUGUGGCCCCUGCAAUGGUCAAUCACUGCCCCCCGCCUGGGGAACAUGCUCUUUCUAGGGGUGCUGGUCUUGAUUACAGGCCCGUCCCAGACGAGAGGCCAACCUCAGCCCUUCAAAGCAUUCUCCCCCGCAGAGUGGGGACUGACCCACCUGGCCAUUCACAACAAGACGGGUGAGGUCUAUGUUGGGGCAGUCAAUUGGAUCUUCAAGCUCUCCAGUAACCUUACCAAGCUGCGUAGCCACGUGACUGGGCCCGUGGUAGACAAUGAGAAGUGCUACCCCCCGCCUAGUGUCCAGUCGUGCCCCCAUGACCUGGCCCAUACCAGCAAUGUCAACAAGCUGCUUCUCAUCGACUACGCCCAGAACCGGCUCAUUGCCUGCGGUAGCACCUCCCAGGGAAUUUGCCAGUUCCUCCGGCUAGACGACCUGUUCAAACUGGGCGAGCCACACCACCGUAAGGAGCACUACUUGUCCAGUGUGGCCGAGUCUGGCACCAUGUCCGGGGUCAUCAUCACCUCUCCCCACGGCCCCGCCAGCAAGCUGUUCAUCGGCACGCCCAUUGACGGCAAGUCUGAGUAUUUCCCAACGCUAUCCAGCCGCAAGCUGAUGGCCAACGAGGAGAAUGCUGACAUGUUCAGCUUUGUCUACCAGGACGAGUUUGUGUCUUCCCAGCUCAAGAUCCCUUCAGACACACUCUCUAAGUUUCCCGCCUUUGACAUCUACUACAUCUACAGCUUUAGCAGUGAGCAGUUUGUCUAUUACCUGACCAUGCAGCUGGACACUCAGCUCACCUCGCCCGAUGCCUCUGGGGAACAGUUUUUCACCUCCAAGAUAGUACGACUCUGCGUGGACGAUCCCAAGUUCUACUCGUACGUUGAGUUCCCCAUUGGCUGCACCAAGGACGGUGUGGAGUACCGUCUGGUCCAGGAUGCUUACCUUAGCCGCCCUGGCAAGCAGUUAGCCAACUCCUUAGGAAUCUCCGAAGACGAGGACAUCCUGUUCACCGUGUUCUCGCAGGGUCAGAAGAACCGGGCCAAGCCGCCCAAGGAGUCGGCCCUUUGUUUGUUCACCCUGCGCCGCAUCAAGGAGAAGAUCAAGGAGCGCAUCCAGUCAUGCUACCGGGGAGAGGGGAAGCUUUCCCUGCCCUGGCUGCUCAACAAGGAGUUGGCCUGCAUCAACUCGCCUCUCCAGAUUGAUGACAACUUCUGUGGUCAGGACUUUAAUCAGCCACUGGGUGGGACCAGCACCAUAGAAGGAAUACCGCUCUUCAUCGACAAAGACGACGGCAUGACCUCCGUUGCCGCUUACGAUUACCGCGGUAAUACAGUGGCCUUUGCCGGCACGCGCAAUGGCAGGAUGAAGAAGAUCCUGGUGAACUCUGUGAUCCCCACGCGUCCAGCAGUGCUCUAUGAGAACGUGGUGGUGAGUGAUGGCUCCAUCCUCCGUGACCUACUCUUCUCUCCUGACCUCCAACAUAUCUACACACUGUCCGACAAACAGGUGAGCCGUGUUCCGGUGGAGAGUUGUCAGCAGUACUCGACCUGUGGACAGUGUCUCGGCUCCAAGGACCCCCACUGUGGCUGGUGUGUCCUCCACAACGUGUGUUCCCGUAAGGACCGAUGUGAGAGAGCAGAUGAGCCUCAACGCUUCGCCUCGGACCAGCACCAGUGUGUAGGACUCACCGUCCAGCCCAACAGCCUGUCUGUCACCAUGUCCCAAGUCCAGCUGGUGCUGGAGGCGCACAACGUCCCUGACCUCCAGGCGGGGGUCAACUGCUCCUUCGAGGGCUACGUGGAGACCGAGGGACACAUCCAGGGGGGCCACAUCUACUGCCUGUCACCGUCGGCUCGUGACAUCAUCCCCAUCACCCGCAACCAAGGGCAUAAGCGAGUGGUGAAGCUCUACCUCAAGUCCAAGGAGACUGGCAAGACAUUUGCCGGCGUGGACUUUGUCUUUUACAACUGCAGCGUGCACUCCUCGUGCCUGUCCUGUGUCAAGGGUUCCUUCCCCUGCCACUGGUGUAAGUACCGGCAUCUCUGCACCCAGAACGCCAACGACUGCUCCUUCCAGGAGGGCCGCGUCAACGUGUCCGAGGACUGUCCGCAGAUUCUGCCCUCCACUCAGAUCUACAUCCCUGUGGGCGUGACCAAGCCCAUCACCCUUGCCGCCCGCAACCUGCCCCAGCCCCAGUCUGGGCAGAGAAACUACGAGUGUGUGUUCCUGGUGCAGGGCGUGGAGUACAGCGUCACCGCCCUGCGCUUCAACAGCACCAGCAUCCAGUGUCAGAAGACCUCGUACACCUACGAGGGAAACGACAUCAGCGAUCUGCCUGUGAACCUGUCGGUGGUGUGGAACGGAGACUUUGUCAUCGACAACCCCUACAACAUCCAGGCCCACCUGUACAAGUGCUACGCUCUGCGGGACAGCUGUGGAAUGUGUCUGAAGGCUGACCCCAGGUUUGAGUGUGGCUGGUGUGUCCAGGAGAAGAAGUGUUCCCUGAGGCAGGAGUGUGCCCCGCUGGAGAGCAGCUGGAUGCACGCCACCACAGGCAGCAGCCGCUGUGCCAACCCGAAGAUCACCAAGCUGUCCCCGGAGACGGGCCCCAGGCAGGGGGGGACCAUGCUGACCAUCAUGGGGGAGAACCUGGGCCUGCAGUUCAAGGACAUCCAGACUGGGGUGCGCAUCGGCAAGGUGGCCUGUUCUCCGGUGGAGGCGGAGUACGUCAGCGCUGAGCAAAUUGUGUGUAAGCUGGCGGAUGCCACAGGUUACCGGGUCCAGGAGGCUCAUGUGGAAGUGUGUGUGAGGGACUGCACCCACGCCGAAUACAAAGCCAUCUCCCCCAAGGCGUUCACCUUCGUGUCUCCCUACUUCACGCGUGUGCAGCCGUCCAACGGGCCUGUCUCCGGGGGCACCCGGAUCACCAUCGAGGGUAGCCACCUGAACGCGGGCAGCGCUGUGGCCAUCAAGAUCGGCCUCCACCCCUGCCGCUUCGAGAGGCGGAGCGCCAGGGAGAUAGUAUGUGUGACUCCGGCGGGGCUGAGUCCUGGAGGGACCCCCGUCAUGGUGGACAUCAAUUCAGCGGAGCUCAGGAACCCUGAGGUGAAGUUCAACUACACCGAGGACCCCAACAUCCUGAAGAUUGAACCUGACUGGAGCAUCGCCAGCGGCGGCACCCUGUUGACCAUCACUGGCACCAACCUGGCGACCGUCAGGGAGCCCAAGAUGAGGGCUAAGUACGGGAAGGCCCAGUCUGUUAAUAACUGCACAGUGCUCAACAACACUGUAAUGGUGUGUCUGGCGCCCUCUGUGGUUGGCUCAGAGAAGGGCUUCUCAGAGACAGGGAGCUCUCCGGAUGAGAUCGGCUUCGUCAUGGACGAUGUACGCACCACACUGGUGGUCAACGAGACCUUCAGUUUCUACCCGGACCCCAUCAUAGAACAACUAAGCCCCAGUGGCCUUCUGGAGCUCAAACCCAGCUCUCCACUCAUCAUCAAGGGUAAAAAUCUGACCCCCAUGGUGCCCGGUAACUGGCGGCUGAACUACACGGUGCUGAUUGGGGAGACGGCGUGCGUCCUCACCCUGUCCGACAGCCAGCUCCUCUGUGAGUGGCCAAACCUCACCGGAGAACACGUGGUCACUGUGCGUGUUGGCGGUUUCGAGUACUCCCCCGGGACUCUCCUGAUGUACUCCGAUAGCGUGCUGACCCUGCCCGCCAUCAUCGGCAUUGGAGGGGGCGGCGGCCUGCUGCUGCUGGUCAUCAUCGCCGUGCUCAUCGCCUACAAGAGGAAGUCGCGGGACGCCGACCGCACCCUGAAACGCCUGCAGCUGCAGAUGGACAACCUGGAGUCCCGGGUGGCCCUGGAGUGUAAAGAAGCCUUUGCGGAGCUUCAGACAGACAUCCAUGAGUUGACCCAGGAGCUGGACGGAGCGGGCAUCCCCUUCCUGGACUACAGGACCUACGCCAUGAGGGUGCUGUUCCCUGGCAUCGAGGACCACCCCGUGCUCAAGGAGAUGGAGGUACGGGUCCAGGCCAACGUGGAGAAGGCUCUCACCCUGUUCGGCCAGCUGCUCACCAAGAAGCACUUCCUGUUGACCUUCAUACGCACGCUGGAGGCCCAGCGCUCCUUCUCUAUGCGCGACCGUGGCAACGUGGCGUCGCUGGUCAUGACGGCGCUCCAGGGGGAGAUGGAGUACGCCACAGGGGUGUUGAAGCAGCUGCUGUCUGACCUCAUUGACAAAAACCUGGAGAGCAAGAACCACCCCAAGCUGUUGUUGAGAAGGACUGAGUCAGUGGCUGAAAAGAUGCUCACCAACUGGUUCACCUUCCUGCUCUAUAAGUUUCUGAAGGAGUGUGCGGGGGAGCCCCUGUUCAUGCUGUACUGUGCCAUGAAGCAGCAGAUGGAGAAAGGGCCCAUAGAUGCCAUCACAGGAGAGGCUCGAUAUUCACUCAGUGAGGACAAGCUCAUCCGCCAGCAGAUCGACUACAAGACCUUGACCCUGCACUGUGUAAACCCGGAGAACGAGAAUGCCCCAGAGGUGACGGUAAAGGGGCUGAACUGUGAUACAAUAACCCAGGUAAAGGAGAAGCUGCUGGAUGCCGUGUUCAAAGGCAGCCCCUACUCACAGAGACCCAAGGCUGGAGACAUGGACCUGGAGUGGCGUCAGGGCCGGAUGGCGAGGAUCAUUCUUCAAGACGAAGAUGUCACCACCAAGAUAGACAAUGACUGGAAGAGACUCAAUACACUGGCUCACUACCAGGUGACUGAUGGCUCAGUGAUUGCCCUGGUGCCCAAACAGAAUUCCGCCUACAACAUCUCCAACUCCUCCACCUUUACAAAGUCUCUCAGCAGAUAUGAGAGCAUGCUGAGGACGGCCAGUAGUCCAGACAGCCUGCGCUCCCGCACCCCCAUGAUCACUCCCGACCUGGAGAGCGGCACCAAGCUCUGGCACCUGGUGAAGAACCACGACCACUCUGACCAGCGCGAGGGUGACCGCGGCAGCAAGAUGGUGUCCGAGAUCUACCUCACCCGUCUGCUGGCCACCAAGGGUACUUUGCAGAAGUUUGUAGACGACCUGUUUGAGACCAUCUUCAGCACGGCCCACCGAGGCAGUGCCCUCCCGCUCGCCAUCAAGUACAUGUUUGACUUCCUGGAUGAGCAGGCGGACAAACACUCCAUCUCUGACUCGGAUGUACGACAUACGUGGAAGAGCAACUGUCUUCCUCUGAGGUUCUGGGUGAACGUGAUAAAGAACCCCCAGUUUGUGUUCGACAUCCACAAGAACAGCAUCACGGACGCCUGUCUGUCGGUGGUGGCUCAGACAUUUAUGGACUCCUGCUCCACGUCUGAACACAAGCUGGGCAAAGACUCUCCCUCCAACAAGCUGCUCUAUGCUAAAGACAUCCCCAACUACAAGAACUGGGUUGAACGGUACUACUCGGACAUCUCCAGGAUGCCCGUCAUCAGUGACCAGGACAUGAGUGCUUACUUGGCAGAACAGUCCCGUCUGCACCUCAGCCAGUUCAACAGCAUGAGUGCCCUGCACGAGAUCUACUCCUACAUCGUCAAGUACAAGGACGAGAUCCUGUCGGCUCUGGAGCGGGACGAACAGUCGCGGAGGCAGAGACUGAGAAGCAAGCUGGAGCAGGUCAUCGACACAAUGGCCCUCGCCAGCUGAGGACUCAUCCUUCACUUCGGCCUCAUCUUCCUCUUCUCCAUCUUCCUCUCUCCUCACCCAGAGGGAACAGAACUCGGACAGCGUGGUUUUCACCCCCACCCCCUCCCCAAAGCACGCGAUGUGGCGCUAUUGCGAGGGUGGAACGCAGCACACUGAACAUAGGGGAUUCAGCAGUACUGGGCGGGCCUGUGUGUGUGAAUGUGUGUGUAAAUGCAGGUCUAUAUAUAUAUGUGUGUGUGUGUGUGUGUGUGUGUGUGUGUG